AUGAUUCCCUCAUCAUCUCUCAAUAGCACUGAGCCAUUCCAGGAUAUGCCAGAAAAUGACAAGCGUGCAAAAGAUAAUAUUGAAGAAUUACACAAUAUUGAACUUUCGCACCAAUGGGAUCCAAACUUGCCCCAAGAGAAGCUCGAUGCAAUCAAUGAAGCAGUUAACACGGGGGAUCAGGAAAAAGCCGCGGAGCUGGAUAAGUCCUUUGCUCAAAACUCUCAAUAUGAAUCUGUCCGUGCAGCCGUGCGUCCUACCGAUGGUGGAGAACCGGCAAAUACAGUUCGCGCCUGGAUACUGGGGAUGUUUUUCACGACUGUGGGGAGUGGACUGAAUAUGUUUCUCAGUAUGAGGAGCCCAGCGAUUUCUUUUCCUGCAAUAGUCGUACAGUUGCUUGUUUAUCCUAUCGGCUGUUUAUGGGCGAAGUUGAUGCCUACGAGAGAAUUUACUACUUUUGGAGUCCACUGGACUCUGAAUCCCGGUCCUUUCAACAUUAAAGAGCACACGGUAAUUACGAUUAUGGCAAAUGUCUCCAUUGGUUAUGCAUACUGUACCGAUGCUCUUCUGGCACUCCAGGCUAAACCACUAUACAACCUCAAUAUAGGCUGGGGAUUCCAGCUUUUAUUUGCGCUAAGUAGUCAAAUAGUUGGGAUCUCUCUUGCUGGGAUUUUCCGAAGAUUCCUAGUGUGGCCGGCUGCAAUGAUCUGGCCAGGACAGUUCGCCAACACAGCUUUGUUCUACGCUCUUCAUGACAAACGCGGAUCCGACCCGUCUCAAACCAAUGGCUGGAGAUUAUCUCGCUAUAGAUAUUUUUUGUAUGUUAUGCUGGGAUCUUUUGUGUGGUACUGGGUACCUGGUGUGAUAUUCCAGGGACUGUCGGUUUUUGCUUUCAUUACUUGGAUCAAACCAAAUAACGUCGUUUUAAACCAGCUAUUUGGUGGCUUUACCGGUCUUUCGCUCAUACCCAUAACGUUUGAUUGGACAUAUGUUUCAGCUUACCUCCUGGAUCCCUUGCUUUCUCCCGCCCAUGCAAUUUUAAAUACAUUGAUUGGUCUUGUGGUCUUCGUCCUUAUCACAACAAUUGGCAUAGCCUAUACAGGAGCUUUGUACUCGGAGUAUCUCCCGAUAAAUACGUCAUCUACUUAUGACAAUACUCAACAGUCUUACAAUGUAACCAGAAUCCUUGGAUCGGGUUUCACAUUCGAUGAGAAAGAAUAUAAGGCAUACUCACCAAUGUUUCUGGCGCCGACCUUUGCUUUGAACUAUGGACUUUCUUUUGCCGCUCUAACGGCUUCCAUUGUUCAUAUUAUCCUGUUCCACAGGAAAGAAAUAUGGCACAGAUUCAAGACUGCCAAAAAUCAAGAGCCUGACAUUCAUUUGAUUCUGAUGAGGAAAUAUAAGGAGGCUCCAGAAUGGUGGUAUGCAUCUUUAUUUUUGAUAUCGAUGGCUCUCGGGCUGGCAGGCAUUCUGGGAUAUGAUUCCCAGCUUCCUUGGUGGGGUUUCUUUGUAUCAAUUAUUGUCGCUGUCGUAUUUAUUAUUCCAACUUGUAUGAUCCUCGGAAUUACCAACAUCCAACUCUCACUCAAUGUUAUAUCGCCUUUCUUGGCCGGUUUCAUGAUUCCGGGGAAGCCUAUUGGGGUCAUGGUUUUCAAAGUGUUCAGCACAAUUACUCUUGGACAAGCACAAACCUUUUGUCAAGAUCUAAAGAUUGCCCAUUAUAUGAAGGUUCCGCCUCGUGUUACUUUCGUGUGCCAAGUUGUUGCUACAGUUUGGGCUUGCUUCGUUCAAAUUGCAGUUAUGAACUGGACUCUUGGAAAUAUUGACAACGUCUGCACCACUGACCAGACUGCACACUUUACUUGCCCGAACGGUCGCGCAUUUUUCUCUUCCAGCAUUGUUUGGGGCGUGAUUGGUCCCAAUCGCAUGUUUGGACCUGGGGCCAUAUAUACAUCGAUCCAGUGGUUCUGGCUGCUUGGAGCUCUGCUGCCCGUUGCAUUCUAUGUAUUGAUGCGUGUCUUCCCUAGGUCAAAGCUCAGGCUACUGAAUGCGCCGGUAAUGCUUGGUGCUAUGGCAUGGCUACCUCCAGCAACACCUUUGAGCUAUUCAUCAUGGGUCAUGUUUGGUCUUAUUUUCAACUACUGGAUCCAUCGCCGGUGGGGUGGCUGGUGGCGUAAUUAUAAUUACAUUACAGCUGCGGGACUUGACACCGGUCUCAUUUUAUCCACUAUCGUGAUUUUCUUUGCGAUCACGUUUCCUGGUGUGGCUGUUCCAAAUUGGUGGGGAAAUACAGCCCCUUUUGAAACAAUGAGUUCCCAAAAGGAUUAUCUCUAUACAGCGAUCCGAAAGACAGUGGCAGAAGGGCAGAUCUUUGGACCAGCUACCUGGUAA